AUGGAUAAUACUAGCGUAAAUCAUAUUGAUAACAUUGGAAAUGGCGAAGUUAAACAUGGAUACGGCUACGUUCGGAAUUCGAAUUCCGGUGAUGAAGAAGAUGAUCAAAGCUUGUCGAUUGGUGCUGAUAAUAUAAUUUCUUCACAACAAGAAAUUGAUUAUGAUAUAGUCGAGAGUUCAAAAGGAAUAAAGUUUUUUACCCCAAAGGUUGAUGACGCGCUGAAGCCAAAUACCAACACACAAUAUGCAUUGAUGAAUGAGGUUGAAAAGAUGUACAGGACUUACGCGGACAAUGCCGACUUUGAUGUUUGUAUUCAUGCAAAAAAAACAAACAAGCACGGCGAUAUUCAAACUAGGUGGUUGGUCUGCAGCAGGCAGGGAACCCCAAGAAAAAAGGAUUUUGAUUUGUUGGAUAUGCAUGUCGGUGAAAGGAGAUACCGCAAUACAAACAUCAAGCGUUUUGGGUGUAAUGCAUGUAUAAAAAUACAUUUGACGAAGGAUAGGGCUUCUUACGAGAUUUAUGAGUUUGUUGAGGCACAUAACCAUGCAUUGUUCGAUAUUAAUGAUCGUCGUUUCUCUCAGAAAAAUAGACAGAUGAAGUAUACAGACUUCAAAACUGUACUAAACAGCUCGAGUUACAAAGUUGGUGCGAGAAGGGCUCACCGUAUUCAAACCGCAUUGAACGGGGUAUUCGAACAUACGCGAGUCUCCGAAAUCGACUUCAAGAAUUUUAAGAGGGAUGCUGUUGCUUGUGUUGGGAAUAAAGACGCGAAGAUGUUGAUCAAUAAAUUAUCAAACAGACGGGAUAUUGUCCCCGGUUUCUUUUUCGAAUACAAGUGCAAUGAACAAGAAUUGAGCGCAAUUUUUUGGGCAGAUGAAGUUGCUAGAAUUAACUACAAAGAAUUCGAUGACGUCAUAUCGUUUGACGGGACUUUUCGCACUAACAAGCAUGCAAUGAUCUUCGUUCCCUUCCUGGCUGUUGACAACCAUAAGGCGUCCGUUGUUGUCGGAUCCGCUCUAAUAAGCGAUCAAUGUUCGGCGAUGAAGCAGGCUAUCCCGAUGGUUUUCACGGAAGCCAAGCAUAGACUCUGUAUGUGGCACAUUAUGAAGAAGGUGCCUUCAAAGGUUAGUGCCGCACUUAAUCACGAUCCUAACUUCAAUAAAGUUAUCAACAAGCUCGUAUGGAACAUACAUAUUGGGCCAACGGAGUACGAGACUCGUUGGCAUGAGAUGAUUCAUCAAUUCAAUCUAGGUGGGGAUACUUGGUUCACAGAGAUGUAUGAAAUUCGACACUCAUGGAUCCCUGCCUAUUAUAAGGACACGCCGAUGUCUGGACUAAUGAAAACAACAUCAAGAUUUGAGAGUUCGAAUUCGUAUAUUAACAUAUACGAAUCGUACUGGUUUGAUUUGGUUCAAUUCCUUAAUAAUUACGAUGUAGCUAUAGAGAAACAAAGAUACAGACAAUCUAUCCACGAAAAUGUCAUGAGGACGACUAAUCCAAAGUUUGCUACUCCGUUGUGUUUAGAAAGUCAUGCAUCAAGCAUAUACAGUCGAAACGUGUUUUUUGACAUCCAAAAGGAAAUAAAGAAGGCUGUUUGGUUUUGUAAUAUUGAGACCGUCGAAUGCCGUGAUGAGUUAAAGUCAUUCGUGAUAAGCCACAAAACCAAGAUAUCAUCUAACAAAAUUACGUAUCAGGUGUGCCGUAAUUACUCAACAAACACAGUUGAAUGCGAUUGCAACCUAUUCACGCGUAACGGGUCUCUUUGUCGUCAUGCGUUCAAGGUACUGAUAAACGACGAAGUUGAAUCCAUUCCGGAAAAAUACGUAUUACGUCGUUGGAAACGACAGUUAGUUCCAGUACAGAUACAAUCCGCAAGAGUGCGUUAUGGUGAGGUUGAUGCCGAAAAAGAGAAGUGUAUAAUUGAUGUAUAUUCCAAAGUCGAUGACAUAGUAAGCAUCGCCCGUAAUGAUAAAUAUAUAUUGGCUAGACUGGGGCGUAACCUCGAUAAAUUCAUGGGUGAUAUAGAGAAGGAAGUUCCAUACGAAGACCCAUCACAACAAAAGCUGGAUGCGAUUAGAGAUCAUCUAGGUGUUUCCAUACUUGAUGAGGUGGACAUCCUACCAUCGUCUGGAAUAUGGAACAAGGGUUGUGGCACUGGCAAGAGGCUGGAUCGUUUCCGUUGCUUAGUUGCUGUUGUCUAA